AGUUUAAUUUAACUUUAUAAGACAAUGAACAUCAUUAGUAUGAAUUCCACGCAUGAACUUAUUCGAUAAAUUAAUAUUCGGUCGCCGUACGAAACGAAUAUUUUCUGACUGCGUACAGCAUUGUCACACGAUGACACAGUGCUGAAAGGGGUUAAUCGUGACUGAAAUUUAUACGAUGAUUGUACUAUUUCGUUUAGGAUUUGUAAUUGCUCUAUAAAAUUCAUUGUAGAUAAGAAAUAUCAAAUGUUUAUGGACGACAAAGAUAAUCAUCAUCAGAUACGUACUUGUUCAAAUUUCAUUGGCAUGGAUGGCAUCGAAAGUGCAUGCGAUAAAAUAAGAUACUUUAUUAACAACAAUGCCAUUUACUGCACCAACCCCUCGAAUAGUAAUUGUUAUCUUCGUGAAAUCAAUAAUAAACUCUCUAAUACUCUGUUAAUUCCAUAAUUUAGAUCUUCCAUUAUUAUAUUUCCGUUGUUGCUUCAUCAUUUAUCGUAUUAUGAUUUGCAAAUACCUCAUAAUUUGCAAAAAGAACGAGGUCAAAGGAAAAUUAAUCGAUCAAGUAGUAUGUAGGUCAUUGCGGACCAGAAUUUUGUAGAGGGCUUGACGGAAGAUAUGACGAUAGAUUAACUGAAUGAAAUGAAAAACACGUUCCGCAACUCGUAGUCGUUAGUGCUUCUUCGAAUAAUGUAUUUGGUGGCUUCUAUAAAUUUAGAAAUAAUUGAUAUCUUUUUUCAAGAGGACGUCUCAGAGAUGUUUAAAGCUGCUAACACGUUGAGGAAUGUUGCAAGAAAUGCACAUAUUAAGAAUGAUUAAAGAAAAAAGUAUUAUUUCGCUAUAAAAGAGAUCAAGAUAUUAAGCGAAUCUUUUUUUGUCGAUGCUGCAUAUUACGCCUACCUAGUGAGUUUCUCUGAUCCACGUAAUUUCAAAUCCUACCGACGCGACAUUCUCAUUAAGCCACCAGUAAGCCAUCAUUUUUUCCCCACAAAAUUGAUUACGUGACCAUGUCUUCAGAAAUCCUGUCGCCACAUUCUAUUUUAUUUUGUGCGGGGAAAACGAGUAAAAGACGAUCCACCAUAUCUGCGUGGCAAUAAAAGAGAAAAGUCGUAAACCUGCUUUACUUUAAGCAAAUUAAAAUGAAUUUUUUCCUAAAUCGCUGAAGUCCCUUGCCGUAAAUUUACGUAUUCCGUAUUUCAGCGUAACCGGAACAAGUGUUUUUACGUAAUAUAAAGAAAUUUCUCCGCGUUCGUCACUUUCCUUUACAGUGAAACACGAAGUUGACAUCACAUAAGUAAUAAUUCAGUCAUUCUCAAACUAAUUUGAAAAACUCGUGAUUUAUUUGAAGAAAAUUCGAGGCACGUUAAACAGCCCGUUCUUUAGAAAUUAACAUCGACGGAGGUGUAGGCAAUUGAAAGUCGAAGAGCAUUGAGGAGCGAUAGACACGGACACAUAAUUGUAGGCGCGGCGAAGAUGCUUCGACCGUGCCUUUUCCAUUUGUCGAGACAGCCAACGUCGAAGCAUCUUAUACCGUUCGUCCUCGUGGGCAUUCCAAGCGGGAAUUCUCGAAAGCCAGUUGUGCCGUAGAAACACGCGUCGGGGCCUGCCGCUCGCCGGUACUUUCGAGUGCUCGUAAAUCCGCUGUUUUCUCGCUUUGUGUUGUUUUCGAGUGUGCCGAAUUUUCUUGACAAGAGGCCAUCGAAUACCAAAGUGACGUGACUAAGUACGUGACCUCGACGUCCACAACUCUUCUGUCAAAUUCAAAUUGAAUAUUACCUGGCAGGAUGGAUGCUGAGACUGGGGCCAUUUUGGCCCUACAAAUAUUAGCUCUCUGUUCGAUAGCCGCUGCCCUGUUGGCCUACCUAAUGCGGCAAUCGAGGAACGCCACCGACGAGUACGAGACUCGUAACAAACUUCAUGUACUCGUGACCAGCUGCGAUACAUCCGUAGGCCUGCAGAUCGCCCUUGCACUUUACGAAGCUGGUUACAAGGUAUUUGCUGGUCUAUUGGAUCCUUCUGGAAAUUCGCCAUCAAUGAAAAUCGUAAGGGCGAUAGAACAACAGAAAGAAAGGGAGGAGGAUCCGACGAACACAGUUCAAGGGAACACACAAGAUCCGGAAAUACGUGCUCGCGGUCGAAUCGUACCGUUGGAGUUGGACUCAACGAGGGAGGACAGUUUACGCGCUUGUUUGGAUGCAGUUAGGGCGAAACUUCCGGCUGGCGAAGAUGGUCUCUGGGCAAUCGUGUACACUGGCGGUUUGGCCUUAUCAGGUGCCAUAGAGAGACAACCGAGUUCCGCGUGGGAAUCGAUGUUACGACAUAACUUAGUGGCGCCACUUAGGACGGCGAGAAUGUUCAUUCCUCUAUUGCGCGUAAAAAGAGGACGCAUCAUUCUCUUGGGCGAUUCCACGACAAGCUACGGUACCAAAAUUGGAACAGGACUGGUAGCGUACAGUGCGUCCAGAAAAGCCGUAGAAGGAGCUGCAGAAGCAUUAAAAAGCGAACUACAAUCCUCCGGGGUUGACGUCGUUCUCCUUAGACCGCCACCCGUGAAUCCUCUUAUACUUUACAAUUCACCUGUUCUCAAGACCUCCGACGUAGAGUCUGGAAUAAUAUCUUCCGAGGGAACAUGGACCGCGCCUGUAUCUACACAUGCCAUUCAAAACUCAUUAAUCCCUGCACUAACGUCACCUUGCCCACGUAUUUCUUACGACAUGGUUGUCAAGACGAGGCUCUUCUGUAGAUAAACCAAUUUUCAAUUAAUGGAUGUUAACGUAUACGCAAACUUUAAUUAGUAUUACGUGAAAUUAAGUAUCAGUCACUAAUACCUUGUAAGACUAAUGUUUGUUAUCUUAACAUCGGUAAAUUUUACACUAGAUUCACCUUAACCUUUUAAUUUUAAAUCAUCUUGUUAGAUGUAUCGAUGCGCGAGAGGCUUACAUUUUCA